AUGCUGAAUGCCGGCGAGGACGUGCUGGUGUUCUACAAUGAUAAAGUACUCUUCAACUACUUCAUCAAAAUGAUGAGGGAGUACAAACAGACGGGAGAGAUGCCUGAAGCUCUCACGUACCACAUAGACCUCAUAAAGCUGUUAACAUGCUGUACCCUCGGGAAGAACGUGUACACGGAGAUCAAGUGUCACAGUCUGCUGCCACUAGACGACAUAGUGGCCAUGAUCACACACCCUGACUGUAUACCAGAGCAUGAUCCACUGGUAAACAUUUGCCAUUCCCAAGACUCGCCACCACACCCAGUCCUCUGCCUUCCACAUCCAGCCACUACCCGCCACCUUAUUCACGUCAACGGUCCAUCUGGCCGAAAUUCACUUUACCAUACACCCAACUUAAAAUAUGUGAUGAAUAAAUCACAAAAUGGUGGUAAGUCACCCCCUAUUAACACUGAUACAGAGGCUGGUGAUUAUGACGGGGUCACGAGGAACGAACAAGUGACUAAUAAUGGAGUAUCACAGGUAUUGUUCGGUGAAAUAUUGCUCGCGGGAGCGCCAUACCUAGAAACGACUAAUGUACUUCAUCCAACAGGCAAGUAUUAA